AUGAGCGCGGGCCGGGAGCGCGGGGCGGCGGCGGCGCCCCGAGUGGUGCCGGCGCCCUGCUCCUCGAAGGUGGAGCUGCGGGUGAGCUGCCGGCACCUGCUGGACCGCGACCCGCUCACCAAGUCCGACCCCUGCGUGGUGCUGUUGCUGCAUUCGCAGGGCCGGUGGGUGCAGGUGGACCACACAGAGGUGCUGGAGAGCUGCCUGCACCCCGUGUUCUCCAAGGCCUUCACUCUCGAGUACUGCUUCGCGGAGGCACAGAGGCUGCGCUUCGAGGCCUACGACAGCUGCGGGCCAGGCAGCCCCAGCUGCCAGGAGGGCGCCUUCCUGGGGGGCGUGGAGUGCACCCUGGGGCAGAUCGUGGCCCAGAAGAAGGUGACCCGCGCACUGCUGCUGAGGUCUGGCAGGAAGGCGGGCAAGUCCACCAUCACGGUCACAGCCGAGGACAUCUCCGCCAACAGCGGGUACGUGGAGCUCUCCUUCCGGGCCCAGAAGCUGGACGACAAGGACGUCUUCAGCAAGUCGGACCCCUUCCUGGAGCUGUUCCGGGUCGACGGCGAUCAGAGCAGGCAGCUGGUGCACAGGACGGAGGUGGUGAAGGACAACCUGAGCCCUGAGUGGGAGCCCUUCACGGUGUCGCUGAGCUCCCUGUGCGGCGGCGAUGAGACGCGGCCUCUCAAGGGCCUGGUUUGGGACCACGACUCCCGCGGGAGGCACGACUUCAUCGGAGAAUUCACCACCACCUUUGCGGAGAUGCAGAGAGCCUUCCGGGAGGGCCAGGCCCAGUGGGAAUGCGUGAACGCCAAGUACCAGCGGAGGAAGCGGCACUACAAGAACUCCGGGCUGGUCAUCCUGGCCGAGCUGAGGCCCUCCAGGCGCUACUCCUUCCUGGACUACAUCAUGGGCGGCUGCCAGAUCCACUUCACGGUGGCCAUCGACUUCACGGCCUCCAACGGCGACCCCCAGAACAGCUGCUCCCUGCACUACAUCCACCCCUUCCAGCCCAACGAGUACCUGCAGGCUCUGGUGGCCGUGGGUGAGGUCUGCCAGGACUACGACAGCGACAAGAGGUUCUCGGCUUUGGGGUUCGGAGCCCGGAUCCCGCCCAACUUUGAGGUGUCCCAUGACUUUGCCAUCAACUUCAACCCCGAGGACAACCAGUGUGAAGGCAUCCAGGGCCUGGUGGAGGCCUACCAGCGCUGCCUGCCCAGGCUCCAGCUCUACGGCCCCACCAACGUGGCGCCCGUCAUCUCCAAGGUGGCCGGCUGGGCGGCGGCCGAGGAGCGCACCGGCGAGGCCUCUCAAUACUUCAUCCUGCUGAUCCUGACGGACGGCGUGGUGACUGACAUGGCGGACACGCGGGAGGCCAUCGUGCGCGCCUCCCGCCUGCCCGUGUCCGUCGUCAUUGUGGGCGUGGGCAACGCCGACUUCACGGACAUGCAGGUCCUGGAUGCGGACGCCGGCGUCCCGCGCUCCCCGCAGGGGGAGCCCGCGCUCCGGGACAUCGUCCGGUUCGUGCCUUUCCGGGAGCUCAAGGACGCGUCCCCGGCGGCACUGGCCAAGCGUGUGCUGGCGGAGGUGCCCCGGCAGGUGGUGGAGUAUCACAGCCACAGGGGGCUGCCGCCUCGCGGCCUCGGCGCCCCCGCCCCGGACGGCGGGCCAGGCCCUGCGCCCUGA